CGUCUCAGGCGAGAAUAUGCCGUAACCCAAGACGGGCGACGACGCCGGGACUGUCCUCAUCACCGCCGCAUAGAUAGAUUAUCGAGCGGCUCGGGAAUGGGCAUCACGAGAAUGCGCAUCACGGGAAUACGCAUCACGGGAAUGCGCAUCAAGGGUAUUCAAACGGUUAUCAUGGGCUCACUUUAGUGCUGACAUCCACCACGGCACGGCCUGGACGCCGUCAGUCAUCGUACACCCGCCGUCAGUCAUCGUACAGCCUCUCAAUGUAUCUCCUCGGCAGGGCGUGGUAGGCAUGCGGGAUCUUGGCCGCGUCACCCAGGGUCCAUUCCCUGGCCUCGCCCUCCGUGAUCUUAUCGCCGCCGAGGAUGGCUCUACGCAGGCGGACGAAAUCGCGCAGCACCGACUGCUCCCUGACCUUGAUCCAGCCGGCGACGGCGGCCUUGUGGCGCCGCCGGAAGCAGUGCAUGGACAGCGUCUUGUCCGGCCGCUUGAGGCGCUCCCACUCGCGCCGCAGCGACGGCCAGCCCGAGUGGUCGAUGCGCCAGCGUGCCAGCGCGUCACGCCACUCCAGGCAGUCCUCAAGCACCUCCAUGAAGACCUUCCAGCUGUCUUGCACGCGGCUCUUCGUCAAGGCCCAGGCGUCUUGGAGCUUGCCGUCGAGGAUGCCCAGCAAGACGUCGGCGUCGGGGGCAGGAGGUGCAUCCGCCCGUGGCUCGUUGACGACGGCGGGAUUUUGCGGAGUUCCCUGCCGCUCGUGAUUAGAACCAGCAGCUGGCGCGUCUCCAGCCGCGGCGGCCGGUGCCCUGGUGCUGUCCCCGGGGGAGCUCAUGUAAGGGGCCAUGGCCAUUUCAAAGUUGUCGCUGGCGUCGACGGGGGGAGGGAGUGUGUAGCGCGGCGGUAUCAUGAUGAGUGAAGAGGAGCAGUUUACCUGAGAACGAGAACGAGUUGGCUGUUGGGGACAGCCGCAGGGUAGAGUUUAUAUUCAGACUUCCACAGGAUGCCAAACUUCGACCGUUUGGUUCUGCCAUGGCCAAGGUAGCCAACUACCGAAGUGCCAUGGCCAAGGUAGCCAGCUGCCGAAGUCAUCAACCACCAUUCUCGGGAAAUUUACUCGGUCUUGCGACACCAUCGUGAUUCCAGCCCACGUCCUUGGAAUUCAAUUCGCUCCGAGCAAUGCAGUAAUUA